CUUCAACCAUCAACCUUUGAAGAUAGAUGCUGCGGUUCCUGCGAACUCGGGCGCUGCCGCCUGUGCAUGCGCACCUGUCGUUCUCGACGAAAAGCCCUCCCACGCUGCCAGAACGCGCGCGCAUUGCCCUUGUUGGUCGAACGAAUAUUGGCAAGUCCACGCUCUUCAACCGCUUGACCAAGACGCGAGGGGCCAUCGUCCACAACGUGCCUGGGACGACCCGCGAUCGCCGCUUUGCAGUGGGUUACUUGGCCGGGUUGGACUUUGACGUCAUCGACACUGGUGGGCUUGCCGACGCUCCGUCGGGCAGCUUGGAACGCGGCAUGUUGAGCCAAACCGAGCGUGCGCUGCAUGAAGCAGAUCUCAUCUUGUUCUUGAUCGAUGGCCGUGAAGGCGUCACUGAAAUCGACAAGCACUUCGCUCGAUGGCUGCGAAAAGCUGACCCGCAGGCGCCAAUCCAGCUAGUUGCUAACAAACUGGAAGGUGAUGCCACGCAGUGGCUGAGCAACAUCCACGACUCGUUUCAACUGGGGAUGGGGGAGCCGCUGGUCAUCUCGGCAGAGCAUGGCGAGGGGCUAACGGACCUCGUCCCACUGCUCGUUCCAUUGGUCGAAGGACAUGCGGAGGCAUUGGCGGUGCAAAAAGCCGCGCUCGCCGCGGAACUUCCUGCGGGCGACACCAUGGACGAGCUCGAGAAUCCUCGAUCCAUCAAGCUGGCAAUCGUGGGGCGCCCGAAUGUGGGCAAGUCGACGCUGCUCAACAAGAUUGUUCGGGACGAUCGUGUCCUCACUGGGCCAGAGCCUGGUGUGACGCGGGAUGCCGUUGAAGUAAAGUGGGCGUUUCACAAUCGAGAAAUCACCCUCGUGGACACGGCCGGCAUUCGCAAAUUCAGCAAGCGCGACCACUCAAACCAAAUCGAAAACCUCUCGGUGCGCGACACCUACGACGCCAUCAGCUCGGCCCAAGUCGUGUGUGUGGUUGUUGACGUGAGCGAAAAGCAGCUGAUUCACUUGGACUUGACCAUCGCCCAGCGGGUGCUGGACGAAGGCCGCGCGUUGGUGCUCGUGGCCAACAAGGCUGACUUGGUGGACGACGCCCAAGCUGAGAUCGAGCGCAUCCGCGGCGAAUUGGAUGGGUCGUUGGCCCAAGUCCGGGGCGUGCCGAUUGUGUCUAUUUCAGCGCUGGAAGGCAAGGGCAUUCGCAACAUUUUGCCCGAAGUGGUCGCGGCGCACGAUCGGUGGGACUUGCGGGUGACCACGGGUCGCCUGAACCGAUGGAUGGCGGCGAUGGACCGGCACCACCCACCGCCGACGGUCAAGGGCAAGACGCUCAAAGUCAAGUACAUCACCCAGGUCAAGGCGCGUCCGCCGACGUUUGCGCUGUUCGUCAACAAGGCCGACGACGUGCCGGAAUCGUAUCGUCGGUUCGUUUUCGUUCGUUCGUUCGUUCGUACGGUGACCGUUCUUCGGUAUAUGUAGCUUUUUGCUCAACCAACUUCGCACCGAGUUCGACAUGACAGGCGUCCCCGCGCGGUUGCUGCUUCGCGGCAGCGAAGACAACCCGUACAAACGAGGGUACUCGCGCGCCAAGCCCACGACCACCACGCGAAGCACGUCCAAACCCGUCGCGUUUGGCGGUCGCAACACAUCGCCGAAAGCGGCCGUUCCGGCGGCGACCGGCAAGCUCAAGGCGGUCCCUGCGCCCUGGACCGGCAAGAAAGUGCCGACGGCCAAGGCCAAGGUGGUUGUACGGGGCACCCGCAAGAACAAGACGUCGGGGUUCCGGGGUCCGUCGUCGGGAGCCAAACCCAAAAACGGCCGUGGCGCCGCUUCUCGCCCAUCUUCCCGUCGCGAACCGACCAAGAAACCGUCGUCGGCCGCCCGAGGAAGCAGCUCUGGCGGACGGCGUCCCGCGGAGGCGUCGUCGUCCAAGGGUCGUAGUAGUUCGUCGUCAAGGCCAUCGUCGAAACCCUCGGGAGGCGGGGGCAAGCAGAAGGGUAAGUCGUCCGGCCGCCACAAGACCGAACGCACCAAGCUGCGCGACCCAUCGGCCAAGAAGGCGUCGCGAUGGAGUGACAAGCAAAAGGAAAAUGCCAAGCGCCACAACGGCACGCGUAAACCUCGCACUGGGUAGCCGACCUUCCACAACCAGGAGGGAGUAAACCUGGAAUCGUACCAUCGACACGCGUCUGUUAGGGACUAAGGUGUCAACAACAGCGAUACAUGUACUGUACCUAGGUCGGUGGGGAUUCAUAUAUCUUUCCUGCGGAGAACUUCCUUACGAUCCUGUACAGGAAAGCACAUGUCUAAUCCAGGGGAUGUUCAUUCCGAUGUCCAUGCACGGAAGUGCUGCUACGGCAACAUAGGUACACAUGCAACGUCAACGUUGUCCUCCCAUUCGGGUCACAUGUAGUAGUUGCACGCGUCCUUACCUCGUGCCUUCGUUCACGGCGCGUCCGGCGUCGUGACUACCCAGCAUCGCGAGGAAGUGUCCCUCACUUCCAUCGAAUCUCCGUGGAUUUGUG